AUGAGGACCCGGCCCAUUCGCAUCGCAGGCGCAUCGGGCUCCGUCUCUGACCGGCGCCAUGCCAUCGCCGAGUUCGCCCACAACUACCCCCAAGACCCAGUCGACGUGAUCGUCGCCGACUUCAUGAGCGAGGCGAACAUGGCCACGGGCGCGGCGCGCAAGGUGGGACGCGAGCGUGAGCACGCGCCCGAUUCUGCCGUGCCGGGGUACGAGGCGUCGUUCCUGCUGGCGCUGGAGCCGGCGCUGGAGGACCUGGCUCGGUAUGGGAUUAAGGUGGCGGUUAAUGCGGGGAAUUCGGAGACGGAGGCGUUGUAUGAGGUUGUGACGGGGAUGGUGCGGGCGAAGGGAUUAGGGCUGAAGGUGGCCUGGGUGUCGGGUGAUGAGGUUCUUUCGACGGUUAGGGAGGCGUUGGCUGAGGGGAGGUCAACGUUCAAGAAUAUUUAUACGGGCGAGUGCCUCUCGGAUUGGUCUUUUGAGCCAAUCUAUGCGCAGUGUUACCUUGGGGGUCUUGGGAUCGCGGAGGCCUUUGCUGAAGGAGCUGAUAUCGUGCUGUGUGGACGAGUCUCGGAUGCAUCGCCUGUGAUCGGUGCGGCAUACUGGUACCACGGAUGGACUCGCAACGACCUCGAUCAACUGGCCAACGCUUUCGUCGCUGGUCAUUUAAUUGAGUGCAGUAACUAUGUCUGCGGGGGUGAUUUCACUGGCUUCAAAGCGCUGGAGAACGCCGGUGGUGAUGGCUGGACCAACAUCGGAUACCCCAUCGCCGAGAUCUCGAGGGACGGCCAGGUGGUCAUCACAAAGCAAUCAUACUCCACCGGCGGCGCCGUCACAGUCGACACAUGCUCCUCGCAGCUGCUCUACGAGAUCCAGGGCCCGUGGUACUUCAACUCAGACGUGACCGCCAUCCUGACAAAUAUCCGCUUCGAACAACUCGGGCUCAACCGCGUCGCCCUGCACGGUGUGCGCUCCGCGCCGCCUCCUCCAACCACAAAGAUCGGCAUCACCGCUCGCGGCGGCUUCCAGGCCGAGAUCUCAUGGUUCCUAGUCGGCCUCGACAUCGACGCCAAGGCACGGAUGCUGCAGGACCAGAUCCGCGCCCUCCUCGCGCCCUUUUCGUCCAAAUUCUCCGCCCUGACCUUCUCCACCCUGGGUUCCGCGCCAGACGACCCCCGCGACCAGGACAGCGCCACCGUCACCUUCCGAGUGGUCGCGCAGGCGCGUAGAGCAGACGACCUGGGUCCCGCCCACUUCCUGCGCCCCAUCACCGACAAUAUCAUGCAGGGAUACCCCGGCGCCACCUUCCACCUCGACCUGCGGCAGGGCUUCCCCAAGCCCGUCUACGAGUACUAUGUCUCCCUCCUCCCACAGAAAGACAUCAACCACCAGGUCCACCUCCCCUGGAAGAACAAGACCGUGGAUAUCCCCCCGCCCCCGAUCACCUGCCAAUACGACUCCCGCCAGCCCUCGCAGGCAACCACGCCCGCCCCCGCAGACCCGCGCACGGAUUUCGGCCCCACGACCCGCGGACCGCUGGGCUGGAUCGUGCAUGCGCGCUCCGGCGACAAGGGGCCCGACGCGAACUGCGGGUUAUGGGUCCGGCACGCGGACGAGUAUCUCUGGCUGCAGUCGUUGCUUUCGUCGUCCCAGGCGCGGGAGCUGCUGGGCGCCGCGUACGAUGGGAACCCGGCGCUGGAGGUGGAGCGGUUUGAGCUGGCGGGUCUGCGGGCGGUGCAUUUCCUGUUUCGGAAUCUGCUGGAUCGCGGCGUGGGCGUCACGACCACGGUAGACUUUCUGGGGAAGAAUGUGGCGGAGUAUCUACGGGCGAAGUGGGUGGAUAUUCCGGUGAGGUUCUUGAAUCGGGGGAGGUUGUAA